GCCGGUGACGCCGCCAUGAUGCUGUGGCGGCUUCGAGCAGCCCCGCGGGCGGCCCUCGGCGUCCGGCGGCUCUCGGCGCCUGCGGCGGAGCCGGCACCGGGGCGAAGCGGCGAUGGAGGCAGCGCCCUGCGGCCGCUCUACAUGGACGUUCAGGCCACCACCCCGCUGGAUCCCAGGGUCCUGGACAGGAUGCUCCCGUACCUGACAUCGUACUACGGCAACCCGCACUCCAGGACGCAUGCCUAUGGCUGGGAGAGCGAGGCUGCCAUGGAGAAGGCAAGGAAGCAAGUUGCGGAUUUGAUAGGAGCUGAUUCAAGGGAAAUUAUAUUUACCAGUGGUGCAACAGAAGCAAAUAACAUGGCAAUUAAGGGUGUUGCAAGGUUCUAUAAAUCCAGAAAAAAGCACAUCAUCACUACUCAAACAGAGCACAAGUGUGUGCUGGAUUCCUGCCGCUCCCUGGAGACAGAAGGUUUUCAGGUCACGUAUCUGCCCGUUAAAAAAAACGGGCUCAUAGAUUUGAAGGAUUUGGAGGCUGCGUUCCAGCCAGAUACAAGUUUGGUUUCUGUAAUGACUGUGAGUAAUGAAAUAGGAGUAAAGCAGCCAGUUCAGGACAUUGGUGAGAUCUGCCGCGAGCGUAAGGUGUUCUUCCAUACAGAUGCUGCACAAGCAAUUGGUAAAAUUCCUGUGGAUGUCAACAGCAUGAAAAUUGAUCUGAUGAGCAUCAGUGGCCAUAAAAUUUAUGGGCCCAAAGGGGUUGGUGCUAUCUAUGUUCGUCGCCGACCACGCGUUAGGCUGGAGCCCCUGCAGAGCGGGGGAGGCCAGGAGAGAGGAUUGAGGUCUGGGACAGUGCCCACCCCUUUAGCAGUGGGCCUGGGUGCAGCCUGUGAGGUGGCACAGCAGGAGAUGGAGUAUGACCAUAAGCGAAUCUCACAACUGGCAGAACGACUGGUUACAAAAAUAAUGACUGAAAUUCCUGAUGUAGUUAUGAAUGGAGACAAAGAGCAUCGCUACCCAGGAUGCAUCAAUUUAUCUUUUGCGUAUGUGGAAGGGGAGAGCCUGCUGAUGGCUUUGAAAGACGUGGCUCUCUCUUCAGGAAGUGCUUGUACAUCAGCUUCUCUGGAGCCUUCCUAUGUUUUGCGGGCAAUCGGAGCAGAUGAGGACUUGGCUCACUCAUCUAUAAGAUUUGGCAUUGGUCGUUUCACUACAGAGGAGGAGGUGGAUUACACAGUGCAGAAGUGCAUACAGCAUGUUAAGAGGCUGAGGGAAAUGAGCCCUCUCUGGGAAAUGGUGCAGGAUGGAAUUGACCUCAAAAGUAUUAAAUGGACUCAGCACUGAGAAAACAUCGCUAUCCAUGGACUGGAUGUGGAUUAAAAUGUGUUUUCUGUACAUUCUUGAGCAAAUUAUGCAGCACUUCUUAUUUUUGACACUUGCAAUUUGCCUGGAAAGUGACCCUUUCUGAUCACAGAGUCUCAGAAGCCAAAAAUGGAAAUCAGUCUUUAUGCCAGAGACAGGCAGGAUGAUUUAACACCCACUGCAUUUAUACUGACAUACAGAAAUUUAUGCUAAAGCAGAAUUAAUUUGUCGAUGUAUUUUCUGAUAAGAAAAUGAAAUCGGUGUGUUAUUUGUGAGCAAGUGGAGUCCUGGUAAGAGGGACACCCAUGUAGCUGUUCCCUUGCAGCCAGGCUGCACAUUCCUUCUGCUUGGGGUGGGCAUCCUGCACUAGCCACUGCCUUUGUGCUGCUCAGAUGUGCUGUAUGGUGAGAGAUCCUCGGGUAGGAAUCAGCUCAGCAUUUCUAGAGGAAGAGGAUGCCUCAGUGUGGCUGUGUGCCUUCUCAGUUAAGUUGUAUGUGCAGAUAAGAACAUUUUUUUUCUUAAAUAGAGUAUUUGUAAUGCUUGUUCAGACCAGUGUGCAUUAAUCCUAAACAUCAUCUGUGUUACAGAGUUUAUGGUGCAAUGAUGAUGCACUUUGCUGUCCCCUCCGUUGUGUUUUUCCAUGCAGUUUUCUUCUCAGUAAGCAAAGAAAACUGGAAUGACUGCAGGAGGGGGAUAGGCAGAAUAUGUCAGCUUCAGUUGCAGCACUAGUUCAGCUGGAACAUGAGUGGUAGCGGUGGUGGGCAGAGCAGAUGAAGUGCAAUGUCUUAAUGCAGUCUGGGUUUUUCUGUUGUGUUGUUUUCCCCUCCCCUCAUGAUCCUUUGCUGUCACUCACAGUUUGCCUAUGGGCUGUUGGCUUCUGUCGCUGCAGGGAGUCCUGCCUGUUGGAGGCUGUAUGUUUUGUCUGGAAUUUAUUCUGUGUAACAGACUGUACUUCUGUCUGACUGGAGACUUCCAUAGGAAUCCGUUCCCUGCAGAUAGUGGGGAAAGUGUCUGUUAAACAGGGUUUUAUGAGAUUAAUUCCUAUCAGUAUUUCUCCUUUCUUACCUUUGUUGAUCUUUCCAGUAGGAAACUUAACCCUGUAUUUGCAAAGUGCCUUUGUUUCAGUUGCAUAAGCAGACAGCUUUCAAUUGGUUUUGUUGACUGAUGGAUGCUGUAUUAGCUGCUGAAUGUAAUACAGACAGUACGUCUUCAGUUCUGGAUGGCAUCUACCUCGAGGAUGAACCAUGUGAUGUAAAAGCUGAAGUCUCACAAGGUGGAUUGUGUUACAGAAGCUUGUGCUUUCUUUGUUACCAAGGACAGACUGGCUGGUUGUAAUGCAGAGCUAAUCCUCAGUUGUUCUGUUUGAAAUUACUAGCUUUAGCAGUUUUGGUAUUGUAGGGCUGGCACCUUAUGUUUUAUCACAACGUUUUUUUAAACUGCCAUAUGCGUAAAUAGGCUUUAGAGGUGGUGUCUGGGUGAUGGUUUAUUCCUGGGCCUUAUGUGUUUUCUGGAUUAAGCAUGUGAUAAUGUUUUCCCAGUAUGUUUUAGAACUACAUGAAAUUGUUCUUUGUGUUUCCUGGAUGAUAAAAAAAUUAUAGAGA